UAAAACCACAACAAUAACACCAUCUCCACCUUAUUCCCUAGCAUUUCUUUAACCAAAACUAUGAGAUUUCUGCUUCUCAUUUCCAUUUUGGCCACAAUGGCCGUGCUAGCCAACUCUUCACGCUAUAUUCCACACUAUAUGGCAAAAGCACCAUCGCCGUGGUUGUCACUUCCACCAGCAGAAUCACCAUUAUCACCAUCACCGUCCUCAGGAUCUCCUGCACCAUCUAUGGACGACGAUUGUACUUCUGUUUUAUAUGAUAUGGUAGAUUGUAUACCCUAUUUGAGUGUUGGCACCAAUGAGCAGCUAGAUCCCUCGUGCUGUGACGGGUUCAAAACUGUUGUUGCUAUUAACAUCAAGUGCAUAUGUGAAGGGCUCAAGAAUAGUGCUCAAUUGGGGAUCGUGUUGAAUAUGACAAGAGCCACUCUUUUGCCUUCUGCUUGUGGGGUUGCUGUUCCUCCCAUCAGCAAUUGUCACAUUUCUUUGCCUCCUUCAGGUGAAGCACCAGUUGGCCCUCCAGACUCAUCAUCACCGGAGCUACCUCCAUCAGGAGGGGCCCCAACCUCACCGACUGGUGAAAUGGUUCCAGCUCCAGGCUCAUCAAAAGGAGAAGCAUAUCCGAUUUCUAUGUCAUUCUUGGUCCUCAUGAGCUUGCUUCUUGUUUCAAUCUCUGUUAUCUUAGUAUAGGGUACUUUUGUUUGAAGGUCGGUAAUUUUCCAUUACUGGUGCUGUUAGGUUCCUUGUUUGUUGCGCUGGAUAGCAUUCUCGUUGGCCCUUUUGUUACACUGGAUUGCGUUCUUGUUGUCUUGCUCUAUUAUAUGUAAGACCGAGUUGCGUUUGCUUUCAUGGGUUGACAUUUUCUUUCAUUA